ACUCUUGUUGAACGUGUUCAUAUCCAAAUAUAAUACUAAGAAUUUGAACAAUUAUUGGACCAAUAAUAUCUAGUGCGUCGAGUGCGUAAAAAGAGAUAAAAUAUCAAAUGAUCUUAUAAGGGAUUAGCUGGCGACAGGCCGAAGACGCCUUGAUAGGGACCAUUACAACUACGAAAACGAUGAAACAAGUGUCUUAUUUUGUGUAGUUUAUAAAUCUUUAAAUUAAGUGAUCAUUUGUGUUACCAGACUAAAAAUGUCUCUUAACAAAGAGGUGAAAUUAAACGGACUGUGCAAUCCGUCUGAACCAGUCAGUUCUAAGUUGUUAGUAACAGACGACGCGUCGAGAAGAGGUUCUAUAUCUGGCAGUGUUAUGGACGGCCUCACAAUGGACUCUAGCAAGGCUCCAUACAUAGUGUACAAGAGUAGAUGGUUAAUACUGACUCUAUUUGUGUUGUACUCUGCAUCGAACUCGCUGCAGUGGACGCAGUACGCGAUAAUACAGGACAUAGUGAUGAAGUACUACGGAGUAGACGGGACAGUUGUGUCAUGGACCUCGAUGAUGUACAUGAUAACGUACGUGCCUUUAAUAUUCCCCGCGAGCUGGCUGUUGAAUAAAACGGGCCUUCGCGUCACAACGAUCAUCGGAGCGUUCGGAACAUGCGCCGGCGCAUGGCUGAAGGUGUUCUCUGUGCCCCAGGACAUGUUCUGGCUGGGCUUCUUUGGCCAGACCGUGGUGGCCAUCUCGCAGGUGUUCAUACUGAACGUGCCUCCACGCCUGGCUGCCGUGUGGUUCGGUGCAGACCAGGUGUCUUCGGCUUGCAGUAUUGGAGUGUUUGGUAACCAGCUCGGCGUCGCUCUUGGUUUCGUGAUGCCGCCGAUGUUAGUGAAGGCUCAAGGCACGAUCGAAGAGAUCGGUGCUGACUUCCAGCUCAUGUUCUACCUGGUGGCAGGAUUCACCAGCGUAUUGUUUGUCUUCAUUGUACUGUUCUUCAAAGCGGCGCCACCGAGCCCGCCGUCGGCCGCCGCCGAUCUCGGCUCCAGUUUGGAUUCGAACUUCCUCCAGUCGAUCAAGCAGCUUCUCACCAACAGAAAUUACAUCCUACUGCUCAUCUCUUACGGCCUUAACGUCGGAACAUUCUACGCGAUCUCCACUCUGCUCAAUCAAGUCAUCUUGACUUACUACCCGGGAGCGCACGAAGACGCGGGUCGCAUAGGCUUGGUGAUCGUGGUGGCGGGCAUGGCGGGCUCGGUGCUGUGCGGCCUCGUGCUGGACAAGACGCACCGGUUCAAGGAGACCACGCUGGCGGUGUACGCCGCCUCCGUCGUCGGCAUGGUCAUCUUCACGUUCACGCUCGACUGCGGACUGAUCGGUGUCGUGUACCUCAGCAGCAUCUUGCUCGGAUUCUUCAUGACCGGUUACUUGCCCGUGGGAUUCGAGUUUGCAUCUGAAGUGACAUAUCCCGAGCCUGAAGGAACUACGUCUGGAAUUCUGAACGCUGUGGUUCAGAUAUUCGGCAUAGUGACGACCCUCCUGUACGAGUGGAUGCUGGGCGCGGUGGGCGACCGCUGGUCCAACCUCACGCUGUGCGCGCUGCUGGCGCUCGGCGCCGUCAUCACGGCCGGCAUCAAGUCCGACCUGCGGCGACAGGCCGCGCAGAACAAGGGCUAAGCGCUUAUACAGCCUGGCAACUUUAGUUUGUGAUAUGUGACAUCAAAGUAUUACUAAAUUAACUUUUACUCGAAACAUUUUAUUUAUUUGUAUUCAAUAUUUUUGUUUUGUAAAAUCUUCGUUGAAUAGUGACUUGGUCAUAGUUAAAGUUUUUAGUUUAUAAACAUAAUCCGUCAAAGAAUUUACUUUAUAGUGUCAUACCUACAGCAAGUCUGUUCAAAUUCAUAAUUUUGUACCUAUAGAUUAUAACGACAGAUAUAGUGUUAGUCUUGAAUAAUAGAGGGCGUUCUUUACAAUAAUUUUUAAACUAUUCCAAUUUUAAAACACUGCUACAGUUAGUUUUUAAAAUGUCUAUUAUAAAAAAACUAUGUUGUAAAAAUGUAUUUCAAUAUAAAUGAUUACAUUAUUAACUUUGCUAAAUAUUUAUGUGGACAUGUUUGAUACUAGAUUGGACUAGAAUUAUUAAUGAUCUUGAUAUACGGUAAUCGUGACAAUAAAACUUGUGACUGUAGUUAGAUGUUUUAUGAGAGUAUUUUGAGAAAAUGUAUCGUAAAUAAAUGUUCAGAGUGGUGAAAUAUAGUUGGAAAUAAUCCUUAACUUAUCAAUAAAUAUUUUUGAAUAUAAAUAGCGUGAUAAAUAGAUACACCCUAGUCAGCAAGUUCCAUAGAUAAACGUUUUGACGCUCAUACAUUUUGGAUAGAUUUUAAAUAGUGAACUAUAAGUUGGGUCUGCGUUGGGAUCCAAACUAUAUAUGUAUAAGUUAGGCUCGAAUAUUUUGAUUUCUCAUUAUGAUAUGUAUAUUAUUGAAAUACUGUGCGGGGAUAAUAGCAUAAAGAGGCAUCAUGCAUUUUUUAAUGUAACACCAUAUUGGUAACCAUAAUAUUAUGACAUGUUUCUACUAAUUGUUAAUGAAAAGUUAUAUUCAUGAUUGGUUAAAAGGCAUAGAUAAAAUCACAGAUUAACUAAAUGAUAUACCUAAAACGUUUCUGUGUGGCAUAAUUCAAUCGUAUAAUAAUGUAAUCCUUAGGAACGCAUUUUCUUUUUUUUAAAUACCUGUGUAUUAUAAAUGAUUUAAUAAUUUCACUUCGUGGAUACAAUAAAUACGCAUAAAUUAUUUUCACGGUACUUCGAUGCUUCUAAAUUAUUUUGACGAAUUUUUGCUACAAAACUAGAGUAAGUAGAUUAAAUCAAAUAGAUGUGAUAUUUAAAACUCGGCCUAAAAGGUCACAUAUAGUCUAUGUUUCAGGUUUUAUUUAUGAUUUUGGGACAUUUGUCCGUAUCUUUACUGCUAAACAAGCCACGUUCCUGUAUUCAGAAAGUAAAAAUCAUUUUUUUUUAUAUAUUAACCAUUUUAGACUUCAUACUGUGUAUCGAUUAUUCGCGAAUUGUAUUGUUUUAAUUUUACAUUCACAGUCUUCAAAAAGAUACAGGACUUCAAAACGGAUGAUGAGUAACAAGUUUUCACGCAAUCUCCUAAUAUUAAGAUUUUAUUGAUUUAAUAAUUAAUAGAGCUGCUUUCAUGUAUAUCCUAUUAUUAUGAGGAGGUACCCGUUUUAUUAUUUAUCACUGUAUAUAUUUCUAACGUUUUAACUUAUUUUUUUUUUCUUAUAUUAAAAGUAUUAUUAUCUAUAUUAAUUUAAAGAUUGUAAUAUAUUCAUUGUCUCUCGAAAUAGACCAAUUUAUUUAUUUAAUGGAAUUUUAAAUAACAUUCUUCGAAUCCAAUUUUGGAGAUUUUUUUUAAAUAUAAUUCAAUACAUAAAAAGGCAUUUAUAUUUUUAACUUAAAUACAUUUUCAUUAUAUCAGUGCCAAUGCAUUUAAAGCGAUAAUAUUAUGCAAUUGCUUCAUAUAUAUUAAUUAUUAUUUUUCUAAGUAGGCUGUGUAAUGAUAAACAUAUUUUGUCGUUAGUUCCUAAGAUUUGUAAAAUAAUUUAUUAUUUUUAUAACGUAUCCGAUUCGAAUAGUAUCUUCAGAAUAAUUUGUGGAGUUAAACAAGUUAUCUGGGUUUUUUAUUAAUAGGAAACCAAUAAAGGAAGUUCACUUGAUGAUUCCGACUAAAUAUCCAUGAAAUUAGACACGGUAAUGGAAAUAGAGCGUGAAUUAAAAAUACUUAUGCUAAUUUAAUUCGCAACGACUUAUGUUUUAUUAAGCAAAUUCUAUCAAUCAAAAUAUAGUAAAUUGUAAAUGCAAUAACAAAACAAAACUUUUAAUUUUAUUUCGGCCUAUACUUUUGUGAUUUAUCCAUGAAUAUAAAGAAAAUUUCAAAAAGGAAUGUAUAGCAUAGUUACGGGUAUAAAACGAUUGUCUCCUUCUGUAAUGACAAUAAUUCAAAAUAAAUAUAAUUGCUUAAAAUAUAUAUAAUAUGUACAACUAGCCACAAAAUUUGCUCAACAAAUUUAAAACUUCGAAACGCUUUUACAUAUGACUGCAAUCGAAAUAUUUAUUUAUCUUUAUCUAAAUUAAAGUAAACUUGAAGUUUAUUUUAAUGAAGUAAACAUGAAUGUCGAUUCGGGGACAAAAUUCAAAAUUAAAAAGUGAUUUGACAUUUUGAAUUUGUUCAGCUACUUUUGUGGUUGAUUGUAACUACCAUUUAUAAAUUAUACAAUAUUUUUCGUAUUCUAAUGAUAUCAUGAAAUAAUUUGAAUUCGGCGUAUUUUUUAACAGUAUACAACUCAUGAAACUUAAAAUAUGUAUUUUCUACUGAUUGCAAGACAAUAAUAUUGUAGUAGUGCAGUAUAGAAAAUAGCUAUGUCUUAUAUCAACUCGUCUUUUCUAAAGAUUUACUAAAUGAUAUUGAUGAAAAUAAUAUACUAUCGACAUAUUGUGGUUACAGCAUACUAAUAGGAAUUGUGUGCGUCAUUUUAUUGAUUCUUAAUAAUUGUUCAUGCCCAUGUGUUUAUAUCCAACAUUAUUGUUUUCGCUUUAAAAGCUAUAAAUAAGAGCUUUUUGCAUUUCCGCAAAAAUCAUUCCAAUCGAUGUUGUAUGUAGUUAUAGUUAGUAAGUAAUUACUAUAUUGUAAUGUUGAAUAUAAAUGUUCAAUAAACGUUCGUUGAGAAAUUAA